GGGGACUACAAAUAUUCAGUUGUGUCUGAAACGUAGCUCGAGUAACAUUAACAAAAAACAAUAACAUCGAAACUAAAAGUAAAUUGCAAAAUGUUUCAAAUAAUUUUAAAUAUUUUUCAAAAACCAGAACCUGAACCAAAAACAUAUUUAGAGUCCUUGAUCGAAACUGUGACACUAAAUUUUGACAAAUUUAUAAACAUUUUUCCAAUCAAUGAUAUAAAUAGAACUUUUUGCAGUUCUUUUAGUAUGGGUUUUGUUUUAAGUCUUUGUUUUUUUGGCGUCAGGGCUUGGAUCUCCAGACCGAAGAAAGCAAAACGCGUGAACCUUGGACCGAAUGCAGCCGAUUUUGAGGAUGGAAUACUUCCUGUGGAUUUCCGUGCGUCUUCGAAGCCCUUCCAAGUGUAUCCGGGGCUCAACGUGUACUAUUUACACUUGUCGACCCAAGAGGAACUUACUUAUGAUGAUGGUGCACGACGUACCAUUGCGGUUCAGACGGUCACAUCUCUUCAGGGAGAUAAUAUAAUUAUAUACGAGCACAUGGAGGAGAUAAUAGAAGGACCCAUUGAACAGGCAGACAGUGAGAUCUAUUCAGAUGAGGAGGGAAUGGAUAUCAGUGACGGCAACUCGCAAGAUGACUCGCCCACAACUUCAGAUGGAACCACAGUCAUAGCUAAGUCUUCAGUUCUCUCCAAGAAGCCUUCUCGCAUCCCGGUCAUAGUUCCUCGACCCAAAACACCAACAAACGCCACCGAUCUUGAAAAUUAGUUAUGUUUUAGUCCUUGUUAUGGGCAUCCUUGUUGGGUGGGGUCAGAGUACUUUUAGAUGUUUUCUAUUUUUGUUUUACAACCGCCGCGCUGUAUUGGAAUUUAUCGUUUCUGUUUUCUUUUUCAAAAUUACGUAUGCAUGAAAAAAACCCCC